GGUUUCAUGACAUUGGAAAGCGAAGAAAGAGAUUAAAAAGAUUGAUGGUUUAAAAAAAAAAAAAAAAUCACUGCGAGCACAAUCCCCAGCUCUCCUUCAUUCCGUAGCAUUUUCUGGAGCUUGGGAGGGCACUCCCAUGGCGGAUCAUCCGCAUCCCAUCUCGUAGCGUAACCCUACAUGGGGCCAAUCACAAUGCUCCUUCCGCGAGGCGCUCUCCCUCUUCUCCUGCUACUCUCAACUCUCUGCACCUGUACUCCAAUCGCAGCCAGAUCAGACGGCGGAGCAGAAGAGUUCUCGGAGGAGCUGUUGUUGAAGCCGUUGCCUGAUCGGAAGGUCCUCGCACACUUCCAUUUCGAUAGCAGAGCUCCUCCUACCAGCACCUAUGGCCGCCAUCACCACCUCUUUCCCAAAGCCAUCUAUCAGCUGGUCCAGAAAUUUCGGGUUCGGGAAAUGGAGUUGUCUUUCACGCAAGGUCGCUGGAAUUAUGAACGCUGGGGUGGGCUUGACCCCAUAUCAAGCAACAAUGCAAAGCCUCCCGGAGUUGAGUUGUGGGCUGUUUUUGAUGUUCCGCAACAUGAGGUUGAUGCUUCCUGGAAAAAUUUAACCCACACACUUUCUGGUCUCUUUUGUGCUUCAAUCAACUUUCUAGAGUCUUCUACUACUUAUUCUGCUCCUGAUUGGAGCUUUCGCCCAUUUUCAGGCAGUUUGAGGUAUGGUACAUUGCCCCGUGAGGCUGUUUGCACUGAAAACCUAACCCCUUGGUUGAAGCUGCUUCCUUGUCGAGACAAAGCUGGGCUCUCUGCAUUAAUGGACAGGCCAUCCAUCUACAGAGGAUUUUAUCAUUCGCAGAGGCUGCAUUUGACCUCUACUGAAUUUGGUUCUGCAGUGGAGCACUCGGGGAUUAUUCUUGAGCAGACCCUUUCAGUUGUUCUUCAACCUAAUAAGCAGAUGGCUAGUAUGUCUUAUUCCAGUGACCAAUCAUUGCAACCAAGUUGGUCAUUGAGCUCAAUUUUUGGGAGGAAAGUUGGUGGAAGAUGUGUUCUGGCCAAGUCUAGUAAUUUGUAUAUUCAACUUGAGAGCGGGCUGGUCUCUGAACUGAUAAAUUUGCAAAAGGAUCAGAGGUCUGGAGCUGACAAUGUAGCCUUUGAUGGUUCUUGGACUAACCCAGGCUUUGAAUUGUCUGCUGUCCCAAAUAGGGUGAUUAAAGAAGUGAAUAAUUUGCAGACCAAGAGCUUAUCUAUAUUUUAUGAGUUCUUGAUUGGUAACUACAAUAGCUCUAAACCAUUUGAUGUGGGGUUUACAUGGAAGUAUCCUUUAGUAUGGUCAUGUCCUCAAGCACCGCUACACGCUAGUAGGUUUUUAAUGGGAAGUGGAAAUGAAAGGGGUUCUAUUGCCAUCUCUUUAAAAUCUAGUGGACUGAGUGAGGGUUUCCUGGGUGUUGAUAUGACAGACCGUGGGUGUAGACUGCAGGUUAAUGUGUUUCAGGUUGUGCCUUGGUAUGUUAAGGUUUAUUUUCACACCCUAAAAGUGUAUGUUGAUGAACGUUCUCAGUCUGCCUCUGAUGUCAUUGAGAAAAUGCGUGUUUCACCAUCUAAAGACAAGGUGUCACCGGGGGUGAUGGAGAUGGUGUUGAAACUUCCUUGUGCUGUGCAGUCAGCUGCAUUGACUAUAGAGUUUGACAAGGGUUUUCUGCACAUCGAUGAGUAUCCUCCAGAUGCUAAUCAGGGAUUUGACAUCCCAUCCGCUGUAAUAAGUUUUCCCGACUUCCAAGGAAGCAUGAAUUUUCCCAAAGACAACUCUUUGAAUCAAUUGCCCAUGUUAUCUAAAUUGCAGGAAGGAAAUCCUGUUGUGUCUUAUACAGAAGUAUUACUUGUCCCCUUGACAACUCCUGACUUUAGCAUGCCAUACAAUGUUAUCACAAUCACGUGCACAGUGUUUGCUUUAUAUUUUGGAUCUCUACUCAAUGUACUUAGAAGACGUGUUGGUGAGGAGGAAAGAUUUUUAAAAGCCAAAGCUGCCAAGAAGACUGGUAUGCUUCCUCUGCUGCUUUCUAAGUUUUCUGCCAAGCUGAGAGGUAGACGGUGGGAACCACAACAAUCACCUCCAUCUUCAUCAUCACAAAACCGCUUUCGGCUGGUACUCAAAGUCAUAUUGGUGGCUCUAAUUGCUGUUGGUUUGCACUACUAUCUUGAAUGAGCUUUAGGUGCAAAGCAGUACUCUUCCUGUAGAAUAUGUGCUAAAAAAGGAUAUUGACUUAGGAAUUUCUAAAGAAAUUUUUUUUUUCCAAGUAAAUGAUAUUUCUUUGAUUUAUAGACAAAUUUUGUAACAUAUCUAAAUUACCCAUCUGUAGCUUUGCUAAAAUUUGUUGGUAUAUAUGACUGGUCCUGAGGUGAGUCGUUAUUGUAAAAAUUUUAUAUUUCCAAAUUUAUGGAGAACGUUUAGAUUA